UUAGCCUCCAACUAAUAAAAAUAAAUGAAUGAAUAAAUAAAAGUUUAAAAAAAAAAAGUAUUUUAGAAAAAAAAUCCGAGGUUAGAAAUUAGAGAACUUCUUUACGGUGUCAUAAAAACAGAAGUAGUUUAGAUUUUCCAAGAGUCUAUCAAACCCAAUUUCUAUUAUGGUAUAGUUUAGGUGAGCUGGAUAUAGUUAACUUAGGAUAUUCAAAAUGUAAAUAUUGUAACAAAUUUGGAAUCUUUUAUGUUAUCUUCUACCAUAUGAACUCCUUUGGGUAAGUUUCUUUGGUCAGAAUGUUGAUUAUUAAUGGAAAUCAAGUUUUGCUGUGUUAUUACCUUCCUGAUCUAUAAAAAUAGUUCUGCUCGAGAAAGACUUGGGAUAAAUGCUUUUUCUUUUUAUCCUUUUUUGGGUUUGGGAAGAGGGACUGGUGAAAGAUUUCCAAGAAGUGUAUAAAAAGCUCAGAAAAUUCCAUAGUAGUUCUCAUUAAACCAUUAGUUUUCAGACAUUGAACAAUAGGCAGUGACUGAGAGAAGGAAAAUAAUCAAGGUGAGUCCUGCUGUUCUCAUUUUACUCCCUGGAGGAAGAUUCUAGGCCACAUUAGGUGGAAGAGGAAAUCAGACAGAAUCCAAUAGUGCUACUGAAUUGAGGAGACAAAGAACAGGAUUCUGGAAGCCAAGGUAGGUCCAAUUUGCAGGGCAAAAUGAAGGAGUACAAAGAGCUUGAGAUCUGCAGAGAAGUUCCUCGGGGUUUUUGGCUAGAUACUGUUCUGUGCAUGUGUGAGAGGAAACUUAACUUGAAGCCAGGAAGGAAUCACGAAAGGAGUAGGCGGAAUAAUUCCUGAAAGUCGCACAAAGCUAGAAUUAGUUCUUCCAGCCAACCAAAGUGGAAAGGUCUCUUACUAAACGGCAUUGGGUAGAAUCCUCAGGAGGGUAUUGUGUUGGUGAGGCUAAAAUAGUCCUGGGCUAAAGGCUGUUCUGGACCUACUUUAGCAAAGCUUAAAGGCAGCCCUCAAAAAAAAUCAAACUGAUUCUGUGUCUUAACUGCUUACCAGAACAAAGUCUGACAUUGUUUAAAGGAAUACAGCAAAAUCUAGCACCCCAAAAUGUGAACUUCAUAAAUGUGUGACAUCAAAGCAAAAGUUGCUAAGCAUGAGAAGAAGCAGGAAGCUAAAUUCUAUAAUCAGGAGUAAAACUCAUCAGUAUAAACAAUAGAACAUCAGCAAACAAAGAUAUUAAAAUAGCUGUUGUAAAUAGGUUCCAUAAUUCAAAAAUAUAGACUAAUGCGAUGAGAGUAGAAACAAGUGGUAUAAAAAAGUAAAAGAAGCUGACUACGCCAGUCUCGGUGCGCAUUGAGGUGUCCCAGUGGCCCAAGCGGCUCUGACUCACGGUUUAACGUGUAGCUCUCAAGAACCAGAAACCCACAGGAACCAAUAUUCCUGCUCCACGGAAUCCUGUCUGUAGUGACAGAUGUUUCUGGAGUACCUCCGAGAUGAAGGUGCUGGACAUGGCCACAGUUCUGGGCCCUAGGCCUCCACAGGAGCAGGGGCCUAUAAUUGUGAAGAUUGAGGAGGAGGAAGAGAAAGGGAAGCGCCUUCCCAUGGAGAUAUUCCGCCAGCGCUUCAGGCAGUUUGGGUACCACGACACCCCUGGCCCCUGGGAGGCACUCAACCAGCUCCGGGUGCUCUGCUGCGAGUGGCUGCUGCCCGAGAUCCACACCAAGGAGCAGAUCCUGGAGCUGCUGGUGCUCGAGCAGUUCCUGACCAUCGUGCUCCAGGCCUGGGUGCAGGAGCACUGCCCUGAGAGCGCCGAAGAGGUCGUCACUCUCCUGGAGGAUCUGGAGCGGGAGCUGGAUGAGCCGGCACCACAGGCUUCCCCACCUCCCCAUGAGCAGAAACGGUCAUGGGAGAAGAUGUCACCCUCAGGAACGGCAGAGGAGUCCCUGAGCAGCCCACAACUAGAGAGUCUGGAAACCAGUCACAGAUACGAGUCUUGGGGGCCCCUCUACAUCCAAGAGACUGGUGAAGAGGAGAAGUUCACUCCAGUGCUGAGGAAGGUUCGAGAUCGUAAGUCGAAGACCCAGAAUGAGGAAUCAACAGAUAAGGAGGGAAGUUCUGAAGAAUCUCAUGCAGAAGGAUUCAGAAGGGAUACACUUCCCAUGAUUAUCGCCGAUAAAUGUGAGGCCAGGUUAGAAAGGCAGUGGGUAAAUCCAGAAAAGGAGAGAGGAACAAAAACCCCUCUCCAAGACAAAGGUUCUGCUAAAGGUAGAGAAGUAGUGACUAAACCCGCCCCAGGAGAGAGAUGUUACAUAUGUGCCAAGUGUGGGAAGGCCUUUAGUAAUAGCUCCAACCUCACUAAACACCAGAGAACACACACUGGGGAGAAACCAUAUGUGUGCACCAAAUGUGGGAAGGCUUUCAGCCACAGCUCCAACCUGACCCUUCACUACAGAAUACACCUGGUGGACCGGCCCUAUGACUGUAAGUGUGGGAAAGCCUUCGGUCAGAGCUCAGACCUCCUUAAGCACCAGCGAAUGCACACUGAAGAGGCCCCUUACCAGUGUAAAGAUUGCGGCAAAGCCUUCAGUGGCAAAGGCAGCCUCAUUCGCCACUACCGAAUACACACUGGGGAGAAGCCGUAUCAGUGUAAUGAGUGUGGGAAGAGCUUUAGUCAACACGCGGGUCUUAGUUCUCACCAGAGACUCCAUACUGGAGAGAAGCCAUAUAAGUGCAAGGAGUGUGGGAAAGCCUUCAACCACAGCUCCAAUUUUAAUAAGCACCAUAGAAUCCAUACUGGGGAAAAGCCCUAUUGGUGUAGUGAUUGUGGGAAAACCUUCUGUAGUAAGUCCAAUCUUCCUAAACAUCAGAAAGUCCACACUGCAGAGGGAGAAGGGUCUUAACUGUCGGGUACGAUCUCUUGGUGGUUUUUGUUUUUCUAACUUUAGAACGUGAAUGCUAGAAACAGCCCAAUAAUUGCAGAGUUAACUAUGGAGUAGAUUUUGUUUGUUUGACUCAAUGUCAAGGGGAUGGAGUGAGAGCUCAGGCGGGGACAGGGUGGGUUCCUCACCUGCCCACCAAGUCACCAGGGCAGGGUCCCCUCACCACACUUCACGUCCCGUACACCAUGCCGGCAUUGCCUUCUGUAUAGUUACACUGCUUUGUGUCCAGUAUAAUUAAAGAAGAAGCAUUAGAACUGUUUAGCUGUUUUAGGAUAUACUCAAGAUUAUGACUUGUAAAGAAAUGAGCCAUGUUGAACACAGUUUAAUCUGAUUCAGAAUAAACUUAAAAGUUCUUGU